AUGAGAAGAAACCAGAGCAUGGUGAAUAACUUCCUGUUGCUGGGAUUCUCUAACCUGCCAGGUCUAGAAGGUUUGUUCUUCUUUGUUUUCCUCACCAUCUAUCUGCUGACUCUGACUGGGAACAGCCUGAUAAUCAUGGUUACAUUGACUGAUCAGACACUGCACAGCCCCAUGUAUUUCUUUCUCAGGAACUUGAGCUUUCUGGAGAUCUGCUACACCUCCAUUACUAUCCCCAAAAUGCUUGAAAAUCUCCUGUCAAAGGACAAAACCAUUUCAUUCUUUGGCUGUGCCUUUCAAAUGAGCCUCUUCCUCAUCACAGGGGCAGCAGAGUGUUACAUUUUGGCUGGCAUGGCAUAUGAUCGUUAUGUGGCUAUUUGUCAACCUCUGCAUUACACUCUUAUUAUGAGUAGUAGAGUAUGCUAUGAACUGGUUGCAGCCUCCUGGUUGGUUGGUGUUCCAGUGCAACUCAGCCAGACUUUCUUAGUGUUCACCUCUUAUUUUUGUAAUUCCAAUGUAAUCAACCACUUUUUCUGUGACAUCCCUCCAAUGGUCAACCUGGUCUGUGGAGACAUCUCUAUAAAUGAGCUUGUAGCCCAAGUGGAGGUUGCCUUACUUGCAGUAAUCCCUUUUGCUUUGGUCCUCAUGUCAUAUGUAUGCAUUGGGUCCACCAUUCUGAAGAUACCAUCUGUAGAGGGAAGACGCAAGGCCUUUUCAACAUGCUCCUCCCAUCUCAUGGUGGUGGUGGUUUUCUAUGGCUCUGGAAUGACAGUGUAUUUAAAACCAAAGUCGAGCCAUUCUCUGGAUAUGGACAAAUUCCUCUCACUCUUCUAUACCAUCCUGCCACCAUUCAUUAAUCCUCUUAUUUACAGUUUGAGGAACAAGGAAGUCAGAGUGGCACUUGGGAAAGUACUUCUAACUCUUCACUCUCAAGAAACAAAUGGACACAGAAAGAAUGAGCAUAGUAAAACACUCGGUGAUAUUCCUACUCAUUAA